CCGCCCUUUUUUCCAUCACCCAUAUUACCUUAUUUCCUAAGUACAAUUUUAAUUUAGGAAAUCGAUCGAUUGAUAUGGCAUCAAGCUCACUUCAAUCUUCUUCAUGGACUCCACAGCAAAACAAGAAGUUUGAGAAGGCCCUAGCCGAAUUCGAUAAGGACACACCUGACCGCUGGCAGAAUGUGGCGAAGGCCGUAGGAGGUGGAAAAUCGGCCGAUGAAGUGAAGAGACACUACGAAAUACUUAUUGAAGAUCUCAGGCGCAUCGAAUCUGGCCGUGUCCCUCUUCCUAAUUACACCCGUGAACAACAAAGGCUUCUGAGGUAUGUGAACCUGCACUAGUGAGGAUGUUGGCAAGAAGAUAUUAAGGUGGAUAUCACUACCUAUCAAGUCAAGUAUAUGACAAAAGAAAAAAAAAAGAUGCCCUUAACAGUACUCUAUGGAAAUUGCAUUGUACCUUGUCCUAAUUAUGUAAAAUAGUGUACGUUUUCUGCUACUUCCACCAUGUUUUAUUGUAUUGUACUAGUACCGCAAUAUCUUAUCGAAUCGUAUGAAUCUCUUAUAUA